AGCAUUUUUUUUAACAAGAUAGCAAGAAUCUUUGGCAGGUGAAAUCCUUGGUUAGCUAGCUACAAAUAGCUUAGCUAUCAAAAUGAAGUAUCAUUUAGAGUGGUCAUUGAACUGAGCAAACCAUGUUUCCUUUACAACGAGGCAAUGAGCUGGUAAUCAAGUUUUCUAGCAGCCCCCACCAACAGCAACACAAAAUCCCCGAAGAUCUGAUUCUUGAUGAAAUGAUCACUAGCAGCCAGCCAAGGGAACAAUUUUUUAGGGCUGAGAUGUCUAAAGAUCAUCAUAAGAGCAAGAAGAUUAUGGUCCACAGGGAGAUUGAGAGGAAAAGGAGGCAAGAUAUGGCUUCCUUUUAUGCAUCUCUUAGAUCCCUUCUCCCUCUUGAGUUCAUCAAGGGAAAGCGUUCACUAUCUGAACACAUAAAUGAGGCAGCGAAUUACAUAAAACACAUGCAAAAUAAUCUCAAGGAACUUGGUGCCAAGAGAGAUGAACUGAAGAAACUCUCCCACAAUUUCAUGCUUGAAAACCAUGAGAGCAAUAACACUACUAACAACUUCACUGUCCAUGAGAAUAAUGGUAUUCUGGGAAUAGAAAUUACCAGUGAUUUCAAGGAGGAAAGUCUCAAACUUUCAAAAUUGCUACAUUUACUUCAUGAAGAAGGACAUGAUGUUGUUAAUUGGUUUUCAACCGAAUUGGAUGGCAGAUUGGUUUACAGUGUCCAGUGUAAGGUGCUAAAGUUAAUUUGCAGACAGGGUUUUUUAACUUGUCAACCAGAUUUUUAUUUGCCAAUGGUUAACAAUUCAAACAGUUUAGAUCUAUCUGAGCUGAAAAGGAAAGUUGCCAAUGCAAUUCCAACAUUUAUAUGUUCUGAUUAACUUUGUGAUUGUUGGAGCAAGGUAGGCUCAUCAAAAUCUAGCCAAUGACAGGAACAUUAGAGUUUAGACCUUUCUAACUGGUGGUGGUGACAAUUUGUUUAGAUGAGUUUGGCUUGCAAUUUUUUCAUUGACCUUUCUUCUGCUUUGCUUGUGGUCAAAGAAGGAACAAAAAAGAAAGAUUGUGUAGAUCAAAUUUUUCAUUUCUCUCCUAUCCUUUCACAGCUUUUCCGCGUGCGAUCAAGUGGAUUCAGUUUGUGUCUUUGCUUUUCCAAAUUGCAGAUGUUAUUAAUUGUUUCAUUGCAAGCUCUAUUCUCACUGUCUGUGUAAUUGAAUGUAAAAUUGUAUGGAAUUAUCCACCUGAGUUGUAUGUAUUUGAGAUUUCUUGGAUAACUAAUCAUGAAGAUUUGAAUUUUCA